AUGGAGAGCUCUGCCAAGAUGGAGAGCGGCGGCGCCGGCCAGCAGCCCCAGCCGCAGCCCCAGCCGCAGCCCUUCUUGCCGCCCGCAGCCUGCUUCUUUGCCACGGCGGCGGCGGCGGCGGCGGCGGCAGCGGCGGCGCAGAGCGCGCAGCAGCCGCCGCAGCCGCAGGCGCCGCAGCUGAGCCCCGCGGCCGACGGCCAGCCCUCAGGGGGCGGUCACAAGUCGGCGCCCAAGCAAGUCAAGCGACAGCGCUCGUCCUCGCCCGAACUGAUGCGCUGCAAACGCCGGCUCAACUUCAGCGGCUUCGGCUACAGCCUGCCGCAGCAGCAGCCGGCCGCCGUGGCGCGCCGCAACGAGCGCGAGCGCAACCGCGUCAAGCUGGUCAACCUGGGCUUCGCCACCCUGCGCGAGCACGUCCCCAACGGCGCGGCCAACAAGAAGAUGAGCAAGGUGGAGACGCUGCGCUCCGCCGUCGAGUACAUCCGCGCGCUGCAGCAGCUGCUGGACGAGCACGACGCGGUGAGCGCCGCCUUCCAGGCCGGCGUGCUGUCGCCCACCAUCUCCCCCAACUACUCCAACGACAUGAACUCUAUGGCCGGCUCGCCGGUCUCAUCCUACUCGUCGGACGAGGGCUCUUACGACCCUCUCAGCCCCGAGGAGCAAGAACUGCUCGACUUCACCAACUGGUUCUGAGGCGCUCGGCCUGCUCAGGCCCUGGCGCGAGUGGACUUCGGAAGCGGGGCCACCGCACAACCUGCAUCUUUAGUGCUUUCUCGUCAGCGAUGUUGGAAGGGAGAAAAAAAGAAGAAAGAAGAAGAAGAGAAUAAGAGGAAAACAAACAAAUCCAGGCAACCAAUCCCUACGCCAGCUAAGCACGGCAUGCCUGAGAAGCAAGGGUCUGGCAAAACAGGGAUGCGCUCAGAACAGUAUCUUUGCACUCCAAUCAUUCACUGAGAUAGAAUGACUAGGACCCAAGUCAAUGUACAAAAUGCAGCUUGUGUGCAAAAACAGUGGGCUUCUGGCGGAAGGGAGCAGCACACGCCCUGUAGAAACUCCCACCCACUACUAACAGGCAGAGCUGACCUCUCCGCCCUCUCUGAAAGCGCAGUUCUUAGCCCUCUAGAAAUGGGUUGGUGUCUUUCAUCUCUGUAUCCUCCAUCCCAAUAAGCUGUGGACAUUUGUCUGCAAUGAAAGUAUGCUAUUUGAAACCCCAAAUCUCUGCCAGGGAGGGGGGGGGUCCCCUCCCCAGGCUCCACUCCCUCACAUCAUCUUUUCUACCGUUUUCAUUAUAGAAUGCUUCCAAUCUUUUGUGAAUUUUUUUUAUUAUAAGAAAGAUCUAUUUGUAUCUAUCCUAACCAGUUUGGGGAUAUAUUAAGAUAUUUUUGUACAUAAGAGAGAAAGAGAGAAAAAAUUUAUAGAGUUUUGUACAAAUGGUUUAAAAUGUGUAUAUCUUGAUACUUUAACAUGUAAUGCCAUUACCUCUGCAUAUUUUAGAUGUGUAGUUCACCUUACAACUGCCAUUUUCCCUAUGUGGUUUUGUAAAGAACUGUCCUCAUAGGUGAGAUCAAAAGGCCACCAGAUGUACUUCAGCACCAAUGUGUCUUACUUUAUAGAAACUUUGUUAAUGUAUUAAUGAUGUUAUUAAAUACUGUUCGAGAAGAACAAAGUUUAUGCAGCUACUGUCCAAACGCAAAGUGGCAGCCAGUUGGUUUUGAUGGGUUGCCUUUUGGGAAAUUUCUAUCACUGCCUUUUUUUUCUUACUGUUUUAUUACAAACUUACGAAUAAAAAAACCCAUGUAUAACCGUUUUAUACAAACUAGU